AUGUGCACGUUCCGCAUCACGGUCACCCUCUGCCAAUGCACAGAUGCCGCGUGCAGAAUGCGAAACAACGUCUUCGGUCAACGCGAGAGCGAAACGAUGCAGAAGCACGGCGGCCACAUUCUCUGGAUCAACACGUACCUGCGCCAAGGCCCCAUGUGCCUGGGCUACUUCACCAACGAGGAUCCCGAGCGGCUGAUGGUGCGAUACGGCAUGGACGAGAAGAACGGGAACAGUAAGCAGGACUGCAGGAAUCGCGUGUUUGUCAUUGAUCCAGAGGUCAAGAGGUGUGUCAUCAUGUGUGAUCCGUGUAGGGACAUCUGCGAUCUGGGGCCGCCUUCGCCGGGCUCGGUCAAGAGCCAGGAGUGGCGUCCUGUGAGUGAGGCUGCGUGA